AUGUCCUCGGAAGAGUACGAAGAGGGCGACAUCGCCUCUGAUCAGGAGCGCGGGGAGAAUGACGAUGUCGAUGAGGAAGACAAAGACGCAGUGUCGGACUCCGCGGAGGAGCGGGAGCUGCCGCCCUCACACCCCUCAGACGAGGAGGUAGAAGAGGAGGACUACGACGCACUCGACGACACGCCCGCGCCGAAACCGUUCCCGAAGACCAUCCGUCUAAGGCUACCUCGGCAAGCAUCCGCGAGAGCGGCGUGCGAACCGACGCGCGUGCACGUGUGUCUGACACGAGGUAUCAUUGGUCGACCUCAGGAAGGCGGUGUCCAUGGCAAGGGUAGCAACAGCGACGAGGAAGACGCUGCCUUACAGGUUGCUCCGCCGGCGGCGGCAGCAGGGGGAAGCGAAGCCGACGAUGGCACAGAGAAGGAAGAAGGGAAUGCGGUGAGCAGUGUCGCCGCAACGCUGCAGGGCUGUUGUGCAGAAAAUCACCGCUACGAAACCGACUACGCUGCACCCCUGGCGGCACUACGGCGUCGUCUCAUCUUGCGGCACCUCCACGGUGACACAAAACGCCAGCAGCGCUUCCUGUUAUCCGAGCGCGCACGUGAGAAGCGGAAUCGUCUGUCAGCUCACAGUGACGCAGUCGAAGGGGAAGGGGAGGAGAAUGACGGUGGUGGAGAGGCAGAAGAGGAAGGCGGCAACGCCGAUCCACUCAAAGAGGUGGUGUGGCCAUGGACGACCCUGCCGAAGCCUCCGCCGUAUUGGCUUCCGGCUCUGCUAUCCAACGAUGCUCACACGUUUCAGCGCGUGCUUCACAUUAUGUAUGGCUGGAUCAUUGCGCCAGACCCGAACCCGUGUGACCGGCUGCAGCUCGAUGCAACCGGACAACUCUGCAUCGGCACACCUAAUACCGAAGAGGCGAAAGAGAACAGCAACAACGCCGAAGAAGCAGACCCUGCGCACCACAACACAGACUUUUACCUUGCCUCAGGUGCCUUCAUCGGCGAGGGCGAAGAAGAGGUCGAUGAGGAGGCGUGCAGCAACAGCGCGAACCGGGAUAGCGUGGCACUCGCGGAGCUAACAUCGAAGAGUCUACUCGGCGCCUUUAAUGAUUGCGAGCUCAACGAAGAGGAGCACCACUUGGGCGAGGAGACUCAAAGCCAGCAGCAGGACCUGGCAUCACUGGAUGGCCCUGGCCGCUCACACGUACUGAGCAUCUCCACGGCACCACCGCCCGUCGCCGCACUGCCGUACUUCCCGUUCACUGAGUAUGAGCUGUACAUUGUGUAUGACGCAACCAGUGAGGAGUGGCACCUGCUGGACACGCACCCACUCUUUGUAAUGGAGGCUUGUCGGCGCCGGCGAGCAGAGCAGUUGGCCCGGAAAGAGGGCCAACCACGGGGCGAGGUGGCGGACGACGCUUCCCUCGGCAGUGACGAAGAGACCGCGAGUGAGACGGGGAGCGAGGAGGAGGCAAAGGGCGGUUGCCAUGUCCCAGAGUACGCACUGGACACUAUAAUCCCUGUUAGCCCCGUUGUGCUGGCGGCGCUCUUCUCCCCCGCCGCGUUGCGGUGUUGUCUCCUGCAGCCUCACCGGGCAGAACCGCAAAGUGAGGAAGACGCAGGUGAGGCGGAGGACGACGACGCGGACGGCAAUGCGGCCACCGCAGCGGCAAUGCAUAGCGUCUCCUCUCACGCCGUGCUGCGAACUUUUGACCAUGCCUGGUUGUCUGUGGACACGUCAGCUGCUCUCCCCAUUUUGGCAACCAUCUGCCGCACCCGGCAACGUGUCCUGCAGCAGGAUGCACUGCGGAUCCCCUACGCACUUGGCAAUCUGUGGAUCGAUGUGAACCCCCUCUAUGCACUGCCCGCCUUCGCCGACGUUGCCAAUGGCGCCGGGGUUGAUGAUGUGCGUCAGUGGAGGGCGCAGCCUGGGCAACACCCGGAAGAGGACGUUGGGGAUGACGAGGUUGAGCCAGUGUCGAGUCCGAUGAAGACGGCAGAGCUGUGCUGCCCGCACCGAUGGGGCAACGCACUAGACAGCAUUGUUGACCCCGGCCACUACGGCCGCCUGGUGUUGACCUCUCUGUUGGAUGCCGGCCUGCUCCCUACGCGACCGGUAGAGCUAGCUGUCUUUCAUCGCCUCAGUCUCUUGCGCCUGACGCUGUGGUGGUGGAUGCGCUUGCCUGCGAAAUUGAUUCAGCAGUGGGGUGUCGACGCAGAAGAUGAUGGGGCCGGUGCGGGCCGCAGUGCAGACGAUGACGACGACACAACGAGGAUGUCUGACGAGGGGUCAGAGGAAGAAGCUGUCAACGAUGAGGAGCUGGACGAGAUGGCGGUGGAAGAUGUCACCGAACUCCUCCUACAGCGCAUUGAGAAGAUGAGCAACCGCGACGCACGCUUGCGGCGGUUCCGCCUGCGCGCGCGACACCCAACAGUGGUGUUUGCUCCGCUCCUUCAACGUGUGCUGCUGGAACUGCAGAGGCGCCUCGAUCGCAUGAGCGCCGUGGACGCGCGCGGUGCCCCAUUAGCCCCGUCGCAGUACACGCUGGAGGAGAGCGUGGCACGCACGUAUGUCGCAGAGCGACUCGAGAGUGGUCAUCCCCGCCAGGACCCUCUUGUAACCGCCGCCUUUGUCGGCCUCGCUGAUCCCGCCACAGAUGAAACGUCUGCCACACCUGUGGCAGUGAGAAUCGCACACGUGGCCGCGGUGCGUCAUCAACGGCUGUAUCAGAGCGACCUCGUGUUGCUCCUACUGGCUCUCACGACGACACCAAUACCACGGCCCUCGUGUGCUGCGACGAUCCUUGGCGAUGCAGAGCACUGCUUCACCUCCACUGCUGGGAACACCUGCAAGGCAGAAGAAGUGACCGUGGAAGAAGCACAGAGAGACGACAUCGACGCCCACACUGCCUUUUUCGCGCACCUGCUGGAGCUGAAGUCAAUGCGAUUUCUGCGGCGCCCGCAAGACCGCACCCGCGCCGGUACCACCAAACUACUUCUCCUCUGCACUAUUGACUUUUGCCGUGGUGCCACGCGGCAGCGCGUCUUAGGGCACCUGCCACCGUUUGAACUAUUUGGGAGCACCGGCUAUUGCCCCUUGCCGGAUCUAGUCCAGGCGUGGUCAUCCACCUGCAGCAUCAACCGGAACGGCAACCGCGCCAAGAAAGUGGCCACGGUGCAGCUGUUUGCGUACUACCUGUGGAAUGAGAUUCGGUGGCGCCAGUGCAAGGGGCAGUACAGCGACGCUGCAGUUACCUGGAUGCGUGAACAAUUGCCGGAACUUUUUGAGCUGAUCGACUCUAACAGCAGCACCUACAUCGCCAUCCUCGACCACCUCGAUGCCGAAGCAGCGGCGCACAGCGAAGCCGGCGGCGGCGGUGACGGGUCUCUGAGUGCGUCGAGAGCGGGAAGGCGCGCCCCGCCCACUGGUGUCUCGUUGCGCGCCUCCAGAAAGCAGAACUGUGGUGUUGCAUCCUUGCCGGCGGCCGUCGCGCAGCGCCAAGGUCCCUCCCUAAUCAGCACUGAAGUGCUCCAGGCGACCCAGGAGGAGGAACGUGAGGAAGCCGACCUCGCCCCCACCUCGGUUUCGCUGCCUCUUACGCUCGCCUACCCCAACAUCUACAGUGCGGGCGUCCUCAAGUCGAAGGCACUCGUCAACGCUCUUUGGCAGUCCUUUGCGGUUGCCCCGCAAACGUACAUGACCGCUGAGACGCUGCACGCUUUGCUUUUUGGCAAGAAUGCUCACCACAGCGACGACGCGGGGGGGAUCGCCGUUGGCGCUGCUGGCCACACUCGCCGCUUUAACACGGCGGCUUUGAGUGUUAUGUUUGAGAACGGCAUCACGACCGUACAGGCGUGUCCGCUCGACUGCCCAGAGGCUCCCGCCAUCGAAGAGGCGCUGAAACGGGCGGACCUGCCAGCGGUGAAGGUUCUUCUGGGCCUCGGAGCUGCAUCGCUGCGAGACACCUGUUUGAACGGUAGCACCACACUGGAGUUGUGGGCGGAGAAGCUGUUUAGCCCGGCCGAGAUGGACGUCCUUCGCUUUGUGGCAUACAAGAACAAGCGGGCGAUACGGUCUGACCCGCGGCUGCAGUUCGGCACCCGUCGCUUCGGCUGUGCCGUGGCGAACUCGUGA